CUGUACUUUCACUUUUUGUUUACCUGAUUAGACCUGAUGAGUGGAACAGACGAAGAAAAAUCAAGCACAAAGUCAAAGAAGAUUCUUGUGGGAUGCACAGGAAGUGUUGCAUCUAUCAAAAUACCUUUAUUGGUUCAAGAGCUUCAAAAUUCAGAUGAUACGGUUGAGAUCAAAAUAGUGGCCACUGACCAUGCUCUCCAUUUUUUUGACAGAGACACGCUCUCUGUACCUGUCCUGACUGACAAAAAUGAGUGGGAGAUGUGGAAAACCAUACAAGAUCCAGUCCUUCACAUUGAGCUCAGGAGAUGGGCAGACAUCUUAGUAAUUGCUCCUCUAGAUUGUAAUACACUGGCCAAAAUAUCAAAUGGCAUCUGUGACAACUUACUGACUUGUGUUGUGAGAGCUUGGGACCUUAGCAAACCAUUUUUCUUCGCACCAGCUAUGAACACCUACAUGUGGCAGCACCCAAUUACAGCACAGCAGAUUGACAACCUAAAAUCCUUCGGUUAUAAAGAAAUCCACUGCAUCUCGAAAAAAUUGGCUUGUGGUGAUGAAGGCUUUGGUGCAAUGGCAGAAGUUCAGACAAUAGUAAGACAUAUUGUUGAAGCCUUAAACUUAAAAUGACUGUCUGUUCCAUUUACUGUAAAAUCAAACUAAAUCAAAAAUAUUUGAAUCAUUGAUGUUAGCUAGAGCAAGACUGAAUGUAUAUUGUUUUUAAAAUGAUAUGUUAAGUUUAUUUGAUAAAUAAAGACAGAUAAACUCAC